CCUAGCAAGAGAGCAGGAUGGGUGUUGUAGGGUGGUCUAGGUUUGCAUCAGGAGCUGUGCUCUUCUGGGUGUUUCUUGGUCCCCUGGCUUUGCUUCUGGGGGUUCAUGUCAGUGUUUUUUCUGAUCCUACCUUGCUGACUUGUGGCCAAAAAAGUUUACAGUUCACCUUAUCUCCGGGCAGGGAAUGGAUUGCUUCAUUUGUGCUGACUACUUGGGGUGAGGCAAUAUCAAGUGGUCCCUAUUUCCUACAGAAAGGUAGGAUUGCAGUGGGUCUAAUCUGCAAUGUGGGAUCUUAUGCAGGCUGUUAUGUCUUUGAGUGGGACCACAAUUACCUUAUACUGGUUGGGCUUGAAGGAACAGAUGCUGCUGGGCAAAAGGUUCUUUGCGAUGGGCUUUUGAUAUCUGGGACUCCAGCGGACCUGCUGUUUUUUCCAGCCCUGGAUGCUCCAAGCAGUAGUGUCUGCUCGGCUGUUCCCAGCCAGGACCGGCUGCCUUGUGCCUCCCUGCCCAUCAGCCAGGGAGACUGUGAAGCACGAGGCUGCUGCUAUGACCCCAGAGAGAGGGUGAAGCUGUGCUACUUUGACAGCUGUCCUGCCUGCCUAUCUCUUGGCCUCUUUUGGGGAAUGGAGCAAAGACUAGGAAAAUCCCCUGCUGAAAGAGAAGGGGAGAGGUUGAUGCCAAAAGCUUCAUUCCCUGAAGUGAAUGUGAUAGAGGUGUACCUGCACUGCAGUGCUUUGGUGUGCCACCAGUCUGUAAAGGAGUCCUGCAUCACCGCUUGUCCUUCCAGAGUCACGGGUAAAAGGAGUGCUGAGCAUCCUUUUCAGGAAGGUACUUCCCAUGUCUCCAGCAAAGGCCCUGUGAUUUUCCUCCAGGAUGAGCUAAGACAGGACACAGCCAAGGAUGGCCUUGGUAAGUCUGUGCAUGCUACAGCCCCCUGGGCUCUGGGAUUUGCUGCUGUGGCAACUGGGACAGCUCUGUGUGUGGUGCUUGUGGUUUCUGUGCUGUGGCAAAGGAAGAUGUCAGCCAUGCAUGAAACAAUGGAUUGCAAUAAACUGAUUGUCGAACCC